AUGAUGUCCAAAGACUUGGCUUUUAUUGUCAUAUUAAUCAUCUCCGGAGAACUCUAUGCAGAAGAGAAGUCCUGCCAUCUUCCUAGUGUAGAAAAUGGAAGAAUUGCCCAAUAUUACUAUACUUUUAAAAGCCAUUACUUUCCAAUGGGCAUAAAUGAAAAAUUGCCAUUCUUCUGCUUGGCUGGUUAUACAACUGAAACUGGGAAACGAGAAGAAAAAACCACAUGUACAACAGAAGGCUGGUCUCCAGUACCAAGGUGCUUCAAAAAAUGCACCAAGCCUGACCUGAGAAAUGGUUAUGUCUCUGAUGUAAAGAUGCUGUACAAAUUUCAAGAGAACAUGCGUUAUGGUUGUGCUUUGGGAUACAAAACCACUGGAGGGAAAGAUGAAGAAGUCAUUCAAUGUCUCUCCAAUGGAUGGUCUUCUCAACCAACUUGUAGAAAAGAACAAGAAACAUGUUUGGCCCCUGAAUUAUAUCAUGGAAAUUAUUCUACAGCGCAGAAAAUAUUCAAAGUGGGUGAUAAAGUGCAAUAUGAAUGUGCCACUGGCUACUACACAGCUGGAGGAAAGAAGACGGAGGAGGCAGAAUGUCACACACAUGGAUGGCCUCUCACACCAAAAUGUACCAAAUUAAAGUGCUCUGCUUUAAGGUUAAUAGAAAAUGGUUAUUUUCAUCCUGUAAAGCAAACCUAUGAAGAAGGAGAUGUAGUUCAGUUUUUUUGUCAUGAAAAUUAUCAUCUAAGUGGAUCUGAUUUAAUCCAGUGCUAUAAUUUUGGUUGGUAUCCAGAAUCUCCUGUAUGUGAAGGAAGAAGAAAUAGAUGCCCUCCUCCACCUUUGCCUCUAAAUUCCAAAAUUAAAAAUUAUUCAACAACAUAUCGUCAUGGAGAAACUGUCCGUAUACAAUGUGAGCUUAAUUUUGAGAUCCAGGGGUUAGAAGAAAUACGUUGUGAAAACGGAAAAUGGACAGAACCUCCAAAAUGCAUUGAACUGAAGGAGAAGAUCGCCUGUAAGGAACCACCUCUAAUUGAGAAUGGUGGGGCAAACCUACACUCUGAAAUGUAUUACCAUGGGGAUAAAGUGACCUAUAGAUGUGAAGAUGGCUACCAUAUCCGUGGAUCAAAUGAGAUAACUUGUAAACAUGGAAAAUGGACACUUCCCCCUGAGUGUGCUGAAAACAAUGAGAACUGUAAGCCUCCACCUGGUCUAAUAAAUGGGGCUAUUGUUGAUGGGUUGUUGGCAAGCUACACAACGGGAUCCUCAGUGGAAUAUAGGUGCAAUGAAUAUUAUUUAUUGAAGGGCUCAAAGACAUCUCAUUGUGAACAAGGAAAAUGGACAUCUCCACCUGUUUGCUUGGAGCCAUGUACUGUAAAUGUGGAUUACAUGAACAGAAAUAACAUAGAGAUGAAGUGGAAAUAUGAAGGAAAGGUCUUACAUGGAGAUUUAAUAGAUUUUAUAUGUAAACAGGGAUACGACUUAUCUCCAACCACCCUGCUGUCUGUGCAGUGUGAUAGAGGAGAAGUGAGAUAUCCUCUAUGUGUUAAAAAAGAAUAUAAAGGAAUAUGUACAUCUCCGCCACUGAUUAAAAAUGGUUUCAUUAUUAGUUCUGCAACUGGCACCUAUGAAAACGGUUCCUCAAUAGUAUACAGAUGUUUUGAUCACCAUUUCCUACAAGGACCUAAGGAUGCCUACUGUUUAGAUGGAGCAUGGACUACACCACCAUUGUGUUUAGAACCUUGCACUUUAUCUUUUGUUGAAAUGGAAAAGAAUAAUUUACUCCUAAAAUGGAAUUUUGACAACAGACCGUAUAUUUUCCAUGGCGAGUAUAUUGAGUUUCUUUGUAAAAGAGAUACUCACCUAGCGGCAUCAUCUAUUAUAGGACCUGAACUGAGAGUACAGUGUGACAGAGGAGAGUUAAAAUAUCCCAGGUGUAUUCAGAGAGAAGGGUAAGAGGAGGCUUGCAUCUACCACAUUUUUUUUUUCUGUCAGAUUGUUAUUCAAGGGAUUCAUUACAUUACAAAUUUCAGAUACUAGGCUCUACGGGAUACUUAUUUUAUGGUUUUGGAAAGACAAAAAGUCAUAUUUUCUUUAAUUUUUCAAAGAUCUAAGCAAACUACUAGAAUUAUUAAUUAUUUUAACAAACUUUCUUAGUUGUCUGAAGUUAAAAUACUGUUUGCCAAUUGACAUUUACGAUACUUUGGCAAUUGGGUAAAUACAUUGAUUUAUAUGUGAAAGAUACUUAGAUGUGGAAGAGUUAACCUCCAUGUCCUGAGAUAAGAGAAAAUUACAUUUCUCCCCCUUCCCUGCAUAAGCUCAUGCGUAACUAAUUAGCACUGGGGAAAAAACUGUAUAAACUGUUGUCCUGAGAGAUGAGCAUAUUAAUAAGUGAUAAAAACUGCGAUAUUUAUUUUCAUAAUCACACUUGUAGAUACAAACUUAGAACAACUUACCGGAGUGUUCUUCAUAUGACAAAUUUUUAAAAUAUAUUUUCUACUAUUUGAUGAAUGGAAAAUAUUUGUGUUCUUUUCUUAGAAAAAUAAUAAAAGAAUUCCAUAUGUAAAUCAUUUUAUACAAUCAGAGUUUUACCUCUUUCGAAUACAUCAUAUAAAAUAGAAAUUAUACCCUGUAUAUUCAACUACAAAUAUUUAAAAAAUAACUAAUGGCAAAGUGUAUAUGAUACUGCUUUAGCAAUUGUGAAAUGAACUGUAUUAACUACAUAAAAGCAGCUUUUUAGGUACUCUGACACUCUAGGAAAAAAUAUUCAUAAGAUACACAAGGUAGAAAAAUUUAUAUGUUAUUUUAGCAAGUUUUAGUAUAUGUUGGUUUUCUCACUUCUAAGAGAAAAAAGAGUAAAUAGACAAGGUCGUUAAAAAAGAGAGACAAAUAGUAGAGGUUUACUAGAUUUUAUAUGUAAACAGGGAUAUGACUUAUCUCUGUCCACACCAUUGUAGUAAAUGACAUUGAGAUUUGAAAAAGGAAUGGGUGAUAUUAUUACAAAGUAUGGCUACUUUCUUUUAUGAGUACCUAGUUAAAGCAGUUGCUUGUUAAAUGAAGCUUUGAAGGUGUGAAAUUAUAAUAAAUACCUGACCAGAAAUGGUUCUUGUUUUAAAAUCUCUCUCUCUUUGAAUCAAGGAUUCUCUCUUUUCAAGAAUACUUAAGGACGUAAAAUGAAUGGCAGAAAGAAUAAUAUUUCAACACAUCACAAAAUCCUUUAUAAAACAUAAUUUUUAGAAGAAAAAUGUUGAGCUAAAAACACAUAGCUUUUUAAUUACUUGAAAAUUUUAAUCUAAAUUGAUUAUGCUGGCUAUUUCCUUUAUUUUUAAAUAAAAGCCAAAAAUGUUGUUGUUUCAUUUCUAGUUUGGAUGAUUUGAGAUGUAACCUAACCUUUAAUGUAUGCCCUCCAUUUGUUAAAUAUAGAUCAACAUAUUUUUGUUACCCUAAUGCCCAUUUACUGGACUAUAUUGUUGUUUUCAAUAUAUGUACAAAUAUAUUGCAUUUGCCUUUAUCAUCUGCAUUAAUAUUAGGAUUUUCUAUUACUUUUAAUUUAUGUCAACAUUAAAUAACCAAAUACACUA